AUGCGUAACGAACGUCUGUUGACUGGUUAUCGACCUGUGAAUGGCGUCGGACGAAUGGAAAAACGUGAAAUCGACGAACUCGAACCGUAUUUAGAAAAACGAAACGGUUUUACGUGGUUACCUCAGAGUAAUACUGAUUAUUAUCAAUCUGAGAUCGAUCAUAUAAAUUUGAAAAUUGCCGAAAAUAAACACGUACUGAUGCAACCUGAGAAAAAUCAAACACGAUCUGUGAUCGAUUCUUCGAGUAGUAUUUUUUCCUCAUCUUCAAAAAUUCCCAUGAACAACAAUCCAACAACAAUCAUCAUGCGACACCAAAAUAGUGCAUCUGAUACUAUAUCUCGAUUGAGACCUACUCAUAUCGAUCUGUGUAAGAAGAAAAAUAUGGAAGAACAUGCGACAAUUUACUAUGAUGUCGAAGGACUUAUUCUUCGACGAGGUCAAGCAUUUUCUUUUAUUCUUACACUUGAUCAUGAAUUCGACAUCGACAAACAUCACCUGUCGUUUAUUUUCAAAUGUCAUACAUGGUUGAAUAGUUUAGCAAUAAAAAUACCAUUAAAUGGUUCAUCGAAUGACUGGUCAGUAAGGAGAAUAGAUACGGAAAAUGAAGACAAGAAACGAAUUCAUUUUCAAAUCCAUUCUCCUUGUCAUGCUCUUAUUGGCAAAUAUUCUUUAUUCUUAGAAACCUGUUGUAUGAUGGAAAAAGGUUGUCUCGAUAAACGAACGUUGACUAUUUUUCAAUUCGAAAUAGACAUUUAUUUCCUCUUUAAUCCUUGGCAAAAAAAUGAUCCUUGUAGUUUGAAUUCGUCCGAGCAAAUUAGGGAAUAUGUUAUGAAUGAACAUGGACAAAUUUUUCUUGGUCUAUCUGAUAUACCUCGAUCUAUUCCAUGGUACUUUGGACAAUUCGAAAGUAUUGUAUUAUUGACCGCUCUCGAACUUCUUCGUAAAAUACAAGUUUCCGUUCCAUAUUCGAUCGAUACAUCCGUCGUUCUUCGUAUGCUUGCAUCAAAAAUCUGUUCGGAAAUAGGAACAACUAAUGGCAUAUUUCCGUCUGUUUUUGGUGAGGGUUCAGCUUCCUGUCCAGAUAAUAACUACACUAGUAGUCCAGCGAUUUUGAGAUUGUCUCGUCAACCGAAUACUCAAUCGAUGCAGCGAGAUAGUGGUAAUAAUUGGCAACAUGCAGCAGUGUUUUGUAGUCUAUGUCGGUCGUUGGGUAUCGCUUGUCGGAUUGUUACUAUUUACAAUGCCACUGGUCAAGUUCAAGAAAGAAUAACGAGUGAUACGCGUCCGAACGUACCGCAAGAACAACAAUCAACGGUAGUUGUUCUAUCGAAAAUGACUCGACCGUGGUAUUUAUGGAAUGAAUGUUGGCUACGUCGAGAUGAUCUUCCACGAAAUUUUAGUGGUUGGCAAGUAGUUGAUUCAUCGUUUAUUCGAUGUGGCAAACCGAUUCGAUGCGUUGGUCCAUGUUCAGUGGCAGCAUUGAAAUGUCAUUCAUUGGAUUUGAGAUGGGAUACGAGGGAAAUUCACAGUCGACUAAAUGGAAAUAGAACCUAUUGGCUGAUUCAUUCGAAUGGAAAUCGAGAACUGAUCAAAACUGAAGACAAUCCGAUAAAUUUUAAAAUUAUUACUCAAUCGUUGGAAAAGGAAGGAGAGUACGAAGAUCUUACUGACAACUACAUAUCAAUUAAAAAACCGACUAAAACUGCGACGACAGGAGAUGUUGAUAUCGAAAUCAAAACACCUCAUAGCAUCCAAAAUGGUAAUGAUCUCAAUUUGUUGCUUAUCACCAAUAAUCGAUCAGAUGCCACGAGAACACUCACGGUUAAAUUAACUGUAGUAGAGGUGAAUUGUAUUGAUCACUCUCACGUCCCAAAUUCACAAAAGUCGAAUCGAAUUUUGACAUACACUUACCAGCUGAAUCGUCGACAAGAGCAACCCAUACGGAUAAAGAUGAGUGAUAUGCAAGGGAUAUCGAAGCGAUGCUUUGACAGUUUAUUUAAAUUGUUUGUUCUUGCAACUGUCAAUGAAACGAAUCAAAAGUAUCGAGUGGACAAGUAUGUUUUGUAUGAAGAACCUGUUUCAAUGAAAUUAUUUUUGCAUCCUAAUGUGACAGAAGUUGGACGAGCUGUUAGGCUUAAUGUACAAAUAACGAAUUCAUCGUCGAAACCAGUGAUCAAUGGACGUAUAGCAGUAGAUGGUCUUGCAGCAAUAAAAUCCUUUCAUACAAAUAUGUCGAUAGAACCAAAACAAACGGUGAAUAUUCCUGUUGAUUUUGCAACUUAUCGGCUAGGCGUUGGUCGAUUAUAUGUUACCUUUUCCACGGACUACUUACGUCUUCCGCCAGUAUCUGUUUUGUUAGAAGCGUUGCAAACCAAAUCUAAACAGAAGAAAAUCACAACACAGACUAUUCAGAGCGUUGAACAGACAAAAGCUCUGAUCGACGAACCUAUAACAUCGAUUGCAUCAAACAUUGAGUCACAAGCUGAGCAAACGCAGCGACACAUCGAUAAUCAAGCACUAUUGCUCAGCACGAGUGCGGCGGAUAUCAUGCAGCCUGCUAUUUCUAUUAGGAGUGAUAAAAACAAAACAGGCAAUACUGUUAAAGUUGAUGUAGCUGUCAAUCAAACUACUAAUUUAACAGCAGGAGCAAAUGUUAUUCCUAAUCAUCAGUCUGAAGCAAACACGGAACAUCCAUUCACACCUGUUAAAAGCGAGCCAGUGCGCGUCGAUUCUACUAAUAUCAGCAAUGCUUCUCUCGUACGUCCAACUUCAAAUGUUGUCUAUUCUCUCCGUACUACACAACCAUCGACAAGUGCGAACAAUGCCACAACAACAAACACUCAGCCAAAAACAAUAGUAAACACUGUAACACUGUCACCAGCAACAACCGUCAUUGGCAAGUCUGAUAUACCGAAGAGAAUCGAUACAUCGCCAACAACUGAUGUUCGUAAGUCUGGUGCAGCAGAAAGCAAUGAAACACCAACUAUUAUUACUGAUCAAUGUACUUCACCAUCAGCUGUCAUUGCGGAGAAACCUAUCACACCAUCAAACACAGCAACAACUGAUACUGAGAAGUUCAUUACAUUGGAAAGCAUUCCAGCGGCAGGUCUAACUGAUACCGAAAAGCCUGUUACAUUAGAAAGCAGUGAAACGUCAUCAGCUAGCGCAGAUAAAUCUGUCAUGAUCGGAAGCACCGCUAUGGGAGCAACUAAUGAUGCUGAAAAACACGUUGCGAUAGAAAUUACUCCAAAGGAAUCAUCAAUUCACCCUGGCAAACCUAUUGCAUUACCAAUCACAACAAACUUCGACGCGGAAGGAACUCGAUUAUUUGAAAGCACGUCGACAGACGUUAAAAUUGACAACGAGAAACCGGCAACACUCUCAUCCACAGUACUUGACGCUGACGAAUCAGUUGCACCAGACAUUACUGCUUCAACAACAGAACCAUCAAUUGACAGUAAAAAACUUACCACAUCACUAAAUACUGUAAAAACAGAUGCUGAGAAAGUCAUUACACCAGAAGACAUGCAAACAGUGGAUCUAACUGACAAAGAAAAAUCUAUUGCAUUGGGAAGCAAUGAAACAUCACCAACUGAUACAGACAGAUCUGUUGUAACAGAAAGUAACCCAGGAGGAUCAUCAGUUGGCUCUGAGACACUUGUCGCGUCACCAACUGCAACGAAACUCGAUGUGGAAGAAACUCUAUUAUCAGAAAGCACACCGACAAAGGGAACAGUUGACAGCGAAAGACCUGCUACACCAGAACAGACUACAACACCAUUGCCAGGAGAACCUGAUACUAAGAAAUCAGAUGUAUCAGAGGAUGCCACUUCAGAAACAGCUUAUGAUGUUGAGGGAUCCGUUACAACAGAAUCACUAAUUGACAACGGAAAACAUACUACACCAUCAAGUACAACAACAACUGAUACAGCGAAAGUGAUUACAUCAGAAGACAUUUCAACGGGAGAUCCGGCUGACAUCGAAGAGUCUGCCGCUUUAGAAAGCAGUGAAAGUUCACCGACUAGUGUGAAGAAGUCUGAUGGAAUGGAAGGCGUCACUAUAGCAGUAACAACUACUGAUGUUGAGAAACCUGCUACAACAGAAACUAGUCCAGCAGAAUCAUUAGUUAAUAUUGAGAAAUCUAACGCACCGGAAAUUACGAUAGACCUCGGUGUGAAUGAACUUGCCACAGAAGACGCCUCGAAAAUGGUAGUCGUGGACACUGGAAAUCUUACCGCGUCGCAAAGCACAGCAACAAUUAAUAUUGACAAGUCCACAACAUCAGAAACCACCUUAUCGAACAAAAAUACAGCACCACCGCCACCAUUGAUCGACACUAAGGCAGCUGCUAUGCCAGAAAGCGUUACUACUACAAUACCCACUGAUAUCGAAAAAUCGAUACCAACAGAAAGUAACGCAAUGACAGACGCAGUGCACACUGAGAAAUCUUCUGCAACACAAAGCACAUCAUCAAUAAAUGUGGAGGAACCUGUUACAACAGAAAGUACUCCGAUAGUGGAUGUAGUAGAAACUGACAGACUUGUUCCAUCGGAAAAAAUCGUAACGCAUCUCCUACCGGCUGAUAAUGAGGAAUCUGUUGUACCAGAAACCACCACCAUCAAAACCACAACUGAUAUUGAGGAAACUGUUACAACAAUCGAUACACCGGUAGCACAAGCAGUUGAUACUGACAGUCAUACUGAACCGUCAACUACAGCAGCUGUCGAUGUGGAAGAAUCUUCUAGAACAACUGAUAAUGAAAAGCAUGCAAAAGCAGAAGACAUCGUAAUGCCGAUCAACAUAACGAUUGAAGCUGAGAAAGUCGACGCAAACGAACUCGUUAGAUCCCCAAGCAUAGCAGACAGCAAUUCCGGAGCAGUGAUAGUUGAUAUAGAAAAACUGAAAGCAUCGGAAAAUACUUCAAUGCCAGUCACAACAUCUGAUGAAGUUGAGAAAGCCGAUACAAGAAAAGGUACAUCAGCAAUAGAAGUAAUGAACACACCAGCACCCAUCCUGAAGAUUGAAGUCCAGGAAUCUGUUAUACCAGAAAGUAACAUUGCCAAAACAGAAACUAGUGUUGAGCAAUCGGUCACCAUAGAAAACAGUCCGAAAGCAGUAGCAGUCGACACUGAAAAGCCAGUCUUAGCAGAAAGUCUUGUAACACCACCAGCACCAGUUGAUAAUGAAAAAUUGGUUACACCAGAGAACGUCACUACUAUUGCAACUGCUGAUGCUGAGCAACGUGACGCAUCGUCAAGCAUCGAGGUAACAUCAAAGACGACUGAGCUCGAGAAAUCUGAAACACGAGACAGCACUCCAACAACAACAUUGCCUGAAAUUCAAAAUGGUACUGAUCUCAUUGAUGUUAGCAAUAUUCCAUCCUCGCCCACGUUCACAGUUGCAUCUUUAACUAGUGAAAAUGUUGAAAUGCCUUCACCGGUAGUCUACCCAAACCACCAACAACUGCAUCGAAGCUUAUCAGUUGACAAAGAGGUUGGAACAACCAGUGCCGUAACAGUAGGAAGUGAGCUGGUAAAACUGAAAACUGAUAGUCAGAUAGAGAGUUCCACCUUACCCGAAUCAACGAUGGUUCUACAGACAAAUCAAUUUCAGCUUACACCAACUGAGUCAGCAUUAAAAUCAGUAAAAAACAUGGAGCAGGCCGAGAUGGAGAAGACUAUCAAUGAAAGCUCACUCGUACAAACUUUAAGUGGCCAGGAAUCGCAGAGUUUUAUAUCAUCAGAUACUCAGGUACCAGCAGAUACCGUCUCCGAAGAGAAACUCAUCGAAACACACGCGAUUCCAGCAAAAUUGUACGUUACAACACAAGAGGAGAUUAACAAAGACGAAAAUAAGCUAAAUGAAGAUGUAUUAUUACUUUAUACACAGCCAGAUGCAGCGAUAGCGAAUGAUCAUUCAAAAGUAGAAAGUACACCAACUGUUGAUGAACCACUGAAUACUACAUCGAAAGAAGAAGCCAACAGACAAGAGAACGUUCAACUCUCGAGCACGUCAACAACUCUUGCAACGCAGCAUACCAAUGACGGAAGAGAUGCGGAUAAAGAAGUUCAGGACAAGCCAGGUAUGUCUCCACCACAUAUCGAACAUCUGGAGAGUGAGGCCGCCUCGAAUGGACAUGACGACAGUAGUGUAAAUAUCAAUACGAUACCGUCAACCACAAAACCAGUCGAUACGAUUGCAUCCGAAGAUGCUCUAAACUUGGAGACUGAGCCAGCACUUGGUGUACGGUUGCACCCUACAUCUUUAAGUGAACGAGAAAAAGAAGUUGAAAUUUCGAUAGUACAGUCAUUUGAUGAACCACUAGACACCGCAAACAGAGAUAAGGAGAACGAAAAGGAUGAGUCUCAACUAGAACGUGAAACAUUAAUGAAACAACCACAUGACGCCUCCGUAUUAGAAGACGGGAACAAAGAAGAAUAUGUCGAACCGGACUUACAACAAUCAGCUGAGAUUACAAAUAAAGAUGAGCUCAACUUGAAGACUACAGAAUCAGCUGAAAAAUCGCUGAAUCCGACGGAUAGCCGAGAAGAAGCAGUAGCAAAGACGACUGUAACGUCACCCACUAAAUCCGAGGACAUUAUAAAAAACGAAGAGACAAAAAUGGCUGAUAGUGCGAUAUUAGAAACCAAUACACCAUCAGAUAACCCACUGGACACUACAGAUCAGAUAACAUCCGAUUCCGUCGUCAUUUUUUAUCAAAAGCAAGACAAUGAUGCUCAAAUUCGCAAUCGCGCUGUAAAUGAAGACGAAGGAAAGAACGAUGAGAGUGAAGUAGUGAUCAUCACGGAAGAUGAGGUCCACAUAGAGAAUAUACCAUCUUCUGGCAAAUCAGCAGAGAUCGUCACGAGUAAGGAAGCAGAAACGGAAGAAAACAUGCAGUUAGGGACUCCCUCGAAAGCCUUCCAGUCGUAUGAUGCAGGUAUUUCAGCUGGAACGAAAGCAGAUAGUGAAGUGAACGUGGAAACAACAUCAUCACUUGAUAAGCCAUUGAGUACGAUAGUCGUUCAUGAAAAGAGUGUGCAACAAAACGUCGAUUCAUCGUCAGAAACACCUACAAAAGAAGAAGAUUAUCCAGAGGAUGAUGUCCACCCUCAAGGAACUCCAUCAUUAGUUCACCAAUCAGGAGAGACGACAGCCCCGAAUGACGAAUGUACCUCAUCGUUUGAAAAGCUAGAUGAAACUAUAUUUUUAAACCACAAAGAAAAAGAACGUGAUCUAACCGUGAAUGUUAAUCCACUACUUGACCAGCGAUCGGAAGGUGCAGUUUCUGACAAUGAGAAGAAAGUAGACGACAUGACACCGGCUACAUCAAUCGAUGAAGUUGUGAACAUCGAAGUCGUUGAGAUAGCACAGAUAACCGAGCCACAGACAAAUGUCAGACGAGACACGAAGAAACAAGAGGACACCAUAGCACCGGAAACAUCUACAGACAGAACGGUUCAUCAAGACAAUCAAAAUGAAAGUCAAUUGAAAGUUGAUUUCGAGUCAUCAGUCACAACGGAUGAUUCGAAAUUGAAUAAUAACGUAUUACCUGAUAUAGCAACCGAUAUGACAAUCAUUCAGGAAGAAAAAAAGGAAGAGGAAGAUAAAUUAGAAAGUACAUCGCCUGUUGGUGCAACUCUGGAUACCACUGUGACAGGCGAGCUGACGCAAAAUAAAUAUGGGAAUUUAGGGAAAAUACCAUCAACUGGUUCAUUUGCAAGUACCGCAACGACGCGUGCAGAAGAAAAAGUCGAUAAUGCUAAUGUCAACGGUGCACCUUCAACUGAAGAUUUGUUAGACAUCAGUGACGAAGAGCUGAAGAUUGACGAUACUGAAAAAAGAGAUGCUCUAGUAUUAUCUGAUACAAUAUUGGAUAAAACGGUGAUUAAAGAGGAGGAGAAGAAAGAAAAUGACGCAAAAUCACAGACUGCCACAUCACUCGAUCAAUCUUUGGAUAAAAUAGCCUCUGAUGAACGACAGAAAGAACAUGAUGGUGAGUUCAUCAGCGUACAGUCUCCUGAUGCAACGACUGACCGAGUACAAGACAAUGUUACCAACGCAGAACAUCAGAAAUUGAAUAGCAAUGAAGUAUGUGAUGCAACGUUGUCUGAUAUACAACUGAAUACAACUGCUGACGAAGCCUUAAAAAACCAAGAUGAUAUCAAAGCGCCUGUGAACAACGCUACUCAGCAGAAUGACGAAACCGGAGAGAAGACCGAACUGGAAGCUGCGCUAUCAGCAGACAGAUCGCAUGACGAUAAGAUUGUCACUGAAGAAGAGCCACAAGCUGAUUCGAAAUUAGACUCUACAAAGAUAAAUAGUGAUAAAGCAGAUGUGAUCAAAGUGGAGACUACCACGCCAUCUGAAACAGUGAUUGAGACGAUACUCAUGCACGAAACGAUAAUAGACAACAUUAAAAAGGAAGAGGAUGGUGUAAAGUUAGACGCAAGAUCACCAAGCCAUAUACCCACCGACAUUAAAAUACUUCAGGAAGAAACAAAGUACGACAAUUCCACGGCGGACGUUCCAUCUUUACUUGGAAAUCCGUUGGAUACCACAAUAGCUCUUGAGCAUUCUGUAGAAAAAACGGUUGGUGAUGCAGAAAAGGAUGAACAAGAAGUAAAACUCGGAGCUACAUCAUCGCUUGGUGCAUUAUCGAUCAUAGUUGUGAAAGACGAAGUGAAAAAUGGAGACGAUAUUGACACAUCAAAUAAUACAGAAUUACUCGAGAAACAAUUGGAAAGAACUGCCGCACCCAAGGCAAUACCGUUGGUAGAAGAAUCGUUGGCCAUCUCAACUAACAAUGAAGAGAACACGGCGAAUGAUACGACACUGGUCGCUGUCACAUCUGUUGACAAGCCAUUGCAGACAACAGUCAUCGUCGACAAAGAACCAGAUUCGAUAAAUAAAGAAGAUGUCGUCGAAAUAGAGGAAACGCUAUCAACUGACACAUCCACAGAGAGUAUACCUUAUGAAGAUGAGAAGAAGGAUGAGCGUGUCGAACUCAAUGCUAAACCAUCAGCUGAAGAUAAGCUGAAUGUUACAGAUGCCCACUCAGAUAAUAUAGUCAAUAAUGUACCAGUAGACACAAUCUUUACACAAGAAGCGAAGAAAGAAGUUGGUGUGAAGAACGAGACGACUGACUCGUUCGUCGACAAAAUAUUGGAUACACCAUUAUCUCACAAGAUGGAAAAAGAAGAGCACCAUGACACCAACAAAGAACAAAAUGGUAAAGACUCCACAAAUCUCCCACUGGACAUUACAGAUACUGUGCAAGAAAAGAAAGUUGACAAUGUCACAUAUGAGGUCGAGCCACCAGUGAACACAUUUUUAGACAGCAAUGCGAAACCAGAGGAACGGGCUGAAGAAGAAGUGAACAAAGAGAACCAAGCCAACUUAGAAACAGCGACAUCUCGUGAAAAUCCUGUAGAUUAUGAAACUGUACAAGAACAGAAGACAGAUGAUACUGAACAUCUUGAUGCACUAUUAGUGGCAAAAUCAAUAGAUACGGCUGUCAAUGAGAAGCCAGCUGGAAUUAAAGUCGCUGAUGAAGGAGCGCCACAUGACGACGUGGAUCUGACUACUGAAUCACCAACUCCGAAAUCAUUGAAUGCCGUUGCUCUACCGAGUCCGAACAAUGAAGUUGACCUAAGCCAGAUGGUCAAUCUGUCACGUGAUAAGCCAUCAGAGGAAAACAGUAGCAAAGAUUCGGACAUCACAAUCGUUGACAAGCAGUUGGUUACAAGUGUCGAAGAAAAACAAACUACAGAAGGAACAUCGUCCGAUGAACUAUCUGUGAAUGAUACGGUUCAACAGAACGAAAAGAAAGAAGCUCAAAUUGAACUUGACGGUAAUACUCUGCACGAUAUAGCAUUUGUUAUGAAAGAAAAAGAGAAUGAUGAUGCUAAGUUGAACUUCGCAAUAGCAGAUGUUGGUAAUGGUGAACAUCAGAUUAAUUCUCCGAUUAUAGAAGAUACUCCGGAUCAGAUGAAAAAACAAGAUACUAUCCCACUACUGAACAAAUCCCCGAAAGAAACCAUGACUUUUGAGCAACAAAAAGCAAAUGAUGAUUUGAUUUUGGACAACACAGCAUCAAAUAACGAUGAGAAAGCAAAUCAGUUUCAGUCCAACAUUCCAUCGUCCACCGAUGGAUCAUCUGAUGAUAGAGUGGUACAUGACAACAACAAUGAAUAUCAAGUACAAUCCAAUACACUUCCAUUGACAGUAAAUUCACCAGUAAUUGAUAGACUGUCAGACGUCACAAUUACUGGUGAAGAAACCAACGCAAAUCUGGAGAUAAGUGCUCCGUCAUCCUCUGAUGAAAUACAAGAAACUACUGUAAAUGAAGAUGAUUGUGUGUUGGAGGCAACGAAGCCGACUGAAUCAUUAAGUGCCAUUGUGGAACAAGUCUACAAUGCACUGCCAGUAGAUCACCUGCUAAACACGACAGAUGCGUUGGAAAUGAAGAGUGCGUUAUCGGCUAUGCCACUAAUGGAAACCAAUCUUAUGGACGAAUCAGUGCCUAUUGGCGAAAGAAACUUGGAAGUUGGAGAUAAUCUGGAAGAGAAAUCCUAUGGAAAAUCUUCUGAUGGAUCGUACAACCCAACUGAAGCUAUUUCUAAUGAUGAAGGAACGACGGAUGACGCAUUAAAACUUUGGAUCGAUGAUGUUUUACGAGACGUUACAGUAAACUUGAAAGUAAAAGAUGCGCCUGAUGACAGCAUGGAGCACGAAAAAGUGACGAAAGUGGAUGAACCUGUUAAAAUGAUAGUUACUGAAAACGAAGAUAUGCAAACGGCCGACAAUGGUUUAGAGGAUUGGGUCAAUGAAUUAUUACGUUUUAUCUCGCAGUCCAUUCAAUCAAAACUACACGAGAACGUAGAUACACCACAUUCUUCGGUUGAUCGAGAGGUUGAUAUUGAAAAGUUACCCUCUCCGACGUUAACCAUGGAGCAGUCGAGCUCAGUUGAAACCAGCAAAGAAGUAAAAGAGAACGAAGAGCAGGAAAAAGAGUCGUGUAUGAACGUACUCGAAGAACCAAAUGAUGGUCAUCUAAGAAAUUGGAUCUAUGUUCUACUUCAUGAAGUAGUACAGAUAAACUUAUUACAACUACAAAAGAAAGAGGAUAGUUCUUUACCACAUGAGAAUCAAAAUCAUGACGCUACAAAAUCUACCUAUCUAACAACUGCAUCUACAGCAACCAUCCCAUACGAAGCAGAAAAUGUGCAUUCGACGGAUGAUGAUUUAAGAGAUUGGAUUCAUGAUAUACUUCGCGAACUUGUACUAACCCAACAAUUCAGAGUGCUUGAGGUAGAAGAUGACGUUCAGUUGCAAACAAGAGCUGUAGAGUCUAUAUCGACAGAAUUUAUCGAUCAAGAAAACUCUGCUUCGUCAGAUCAGUACUCACCGGUUGAAAGAAUUGAACACACUGGAGCGGAAGACGAUUUGGAGAUUAUAAAUAAUGAUUUAAGAGAUUGGAUUCAUGAUUUGCUGCACCAGAUUUGUUUAUCAGGUCUAGCAAACGUACACAACGAAGAAGUUGUACUCAAUUCAGUUGAAGAUCGAAAAGAUGCUACUCAACUGGUCAAACCAGCUGUUAGUACAUCUGUGUCACAAAACAUUGUGAACAGCGUAAAUGAUGCUUCCGUGGCACCGAUUUCUACUCUCGAAGAAGAUAUGAAAAUUUGGCUCGACCACUUAUUAGAUCGAAUACUUACCACAGAUGAAGGAAAUUUCGUUCGUAAACCGAGUAAUGUAGAAACGUAUUUGUCGGAGUUAGAAUCAGAUUGGAAGACGAAGGAAGCCAACGAUGAUACAGGUGAUAUUUUACAUCAUAUUGACGAUUCGUCUAAUGAUGAUACGGUUAUGGCCGCAGCUCGUCACGCUUUACCAAACUUUGUUAUUGAUUUAGUAGGUGAAAUGGAUAAUGACUGUACAGUCACAACACCCUCCCAUGAAACUGUACUCGAUGUUAAAUCACCAAAUUUAUCCGAAAACGCAACAUCCAUGCUAUCGAACAUUGUGAAAAAUCAAUCCGAUGGGUUUGUAUCGGACCGAUUCGAACACUACUGCGAGAAUACGGUGCAAGAUAUUAUCCCGUCCGCUGCCAUCGAUAUUAUUGAUGAGUUAAGUGCAAACGUUGAGGAAGGUAAUUGUGACAAUGCACUCAAUCCAACCGAUACUCUAGUACUUUCGUCGCCGUCAUUGAAUGACCAACAUGGUGAAACUCAACAAACGGAUGAUGAUUUAAGAGAGUGGAUACACGAGUUGUUGCAUCAAACCUCGAUAUCUCACGAACCACUACAUGACAUAAACCGUGAGAAUCAGAUAGCAAUCGAAGAACCAUCGCCGAUUGCAGAAGCAAAUUCUAGGGAUGAAGACCUCAAAGGGUGGAUUGAUCAUGUGCUCCAGCAGAUUUCAUUAUCAAAGCAACCCAAUGUUGACGAUGAUCUAGAGAAUGAACUAUAUAACCCAUUGCAACAAAUCUCUGUCUCUCACGAACCAAAAUCUGAAGCAAUUCAUGAAGUGCAUUCAGCGACUGCAGAGAUAUCAUCAGUUGAAGACAUAGAACCAAGUGAUGAGGAUCUUAAAGAGUGGAUCGAUCAUAUUUUGAACACAAUUUCCCAUUCGAAGCAAGCUGAUGUACAUGAAAAAGAUCAUCUAUCACUUUUAUCCACUGAACAAAUGAGUGAUACCAAAGAAAUCCAACUGGAAAACGAUUUGGAUGCCAAUGAUGAUGAUCUGAGAAGUUGGCUGCAUCAUCUAAUGCAUCAACUGUCUUCAUCUCUCGAACCGACUACAGCAACAUCCGAAAAAGUGGUCAUUGAAGAUUCAGAACCUUCAGACCAAGAGCUCAAGGAUUGGAUCGAUUACGAACUUCGUCAUAUCUCACUAUCCAAGCAAUCCGACACAUAUAAUGAUGAUGAUCUUAGAAGUUGGUUGAAUCAUCUUCUCCGUCAACUUUCUUUAUCUCUUGAACCAAGCUCGGGAACAACUUCUAAAGUGAAUACGCCGGUCGCAGACAGAUUGUUAGAUGAAAAUAUUGAACAUGAAGACCAAGAUCUUCGCAACUGGAUUGAUUACCUUCUGAACGACAUUUCACUAUCAAAGCAACCUGAGAUAGACGAUGAAGAUGAAGCUGAUUCAGAACCAACGGAUGACGACCUAACAAGUUGGUUGAAGUGUUUACUCAGUCAAAUCUCUUUAUCUGAGAAACCCACACCCGAAACAGCUUCAGAAAGAUUAUUGGUUGAAGAUGUAGAACGCGAAGAUCAAGAUCUUCGCAAUUGGAUAGAUUACGUAUUGAAUGAAAUCUCAUUAUUCAAAAAACCUGAAAUAGAUGGUAGAGAGACUUCAGAACCGACAGACGACGAUCUUAGAAGUUGGUUGAACCGUCUACUGCGGCAAAUUACUGUAUCUUCCGAAGUAGAUGCUGCAGGUUCAGAAACUGCAGAUAGUGAACUAAAAGCUUGGAUUAGCCACGUGUUAAACGAACUCUCACUAUCUAAACAACCUAACAUAGAUGAUGAUGAUGAAGAUCUAAGAACUUGGUUAAAUCAUUUACUCCGUCAAAUUGUACUAUCGGAAUCAAGCAAAUUGUCUGAAAGAGAUGAAAGAUCAACCGAUCAACUACUUUUAGAAACGUCGGACGAAGGUCAAAUAGCGCUGAUCGAUGAUGUACCCUGUGAAAAGAGUGACUUGGAAGGUGUUGAACUGGAUGAAAAUGUUCAGCUAUGGUUAGACAAUCUUGUCGAUCGCAUAUUGACGGUGGCCACAGUUAAGACAGUGUUAGCGUCUACAACAGCUAUAGAACACAAUCUCAAAUCCAGGGAGAAUUCAUAUGGCGAAGACAAUGUGUCACAAGUUUUACAUGAAUCGACAACUCGACGGUCAUCCGUAACAUCAGUGACUGAAGACAUCCAAAGAAAUGUACUCGACGAAACUGCUGACGAGAAGCUAAUACAAAUUUAUACGAAUUACAGUGAAUCUUUACUCAGGGAGAUAUUUCAAAGUCUGAAUAUCCCUCAAACGACAAAAACAGCACCAUCUUCGUACGAACUACAAACAACGAAAUUAUUCGGACAAAUCAUCGCGAAUCGUAUAUAUUCCCGUGCACUGAGCGACAUCGAUUCCGUAUUCAGUAAUCCAUCUAUGUUAACUUCAAUGUCUGCUAGUGAUAUUUCAUCGAGUAGUGAUGACUUAACAUUCCAUACGGCAUAUGAUUCAAUGGUCGAAUCGAGAGAUAUAGAAAGCGAUACGGCGUCUACAUCAGCAGAUUUUCUGUCGUUUACAGACGGCAUCAUAAGUGACAUAGAGGACGAUGAAGAUGAAGAUGACGAAUUUCAAAUAUUUUCGGACGGCAUUAUUUUAUACGCUGACAGCUUAUCUCAUCAAUUGAUCGAAUCUGUUAUAUACUCCAAUAAAAUCCAACCAAAACAAUCGUUCAAUCUAGAUGACGAUACCCAAGCAGAGCGCACGCCAACGUUACUCGAUGGAAGUCGUUCAAAAAACAUGUUUAUGCCUCGCGAUGAUAGCACCAGGAAAAAUUCAAAGACUCGUAGAUUAAAACGCGAUGAUACUUUAACAGGCAACGAAUUCCAAUGA